AUGAAGGUGAAGUGGACCAUGCUGGGAGUCAUAGUCUUCUUCCUGCUCUCUGUGGUCCUGACCUGCUGUUUCCUCUGGCAGUUUAAGAUGCCAAAGUUGAAGGCGGACGCGGUGGUGGAGGAGACUGAGCCGGAGCAGAUGUGUCCUCGCUUCCCUGAGCCCGUGGCCCUCAAACACCCCAUCUCAGCCCUGAGGGCGGCCUUAGAGCAGGUAGAUGCUCUCCUGAAGUCGAGCGUCCACGCCACCACGCUGCCGGCCGUGUCGGCCAUCGUGGUUUUAAACGACUCCGUUCUGUGGAACGGGCAUUUCGGCAAGCGGAACAUCAGCGACCCGGCCUCGGACCCGCCCGAUGAGUUCACGGUUUACAGAAUUGCGAGUCUUUCCAAGAUCUUUCCGACGCUGAUGCUGUACAAACUCUGGGAGGACGGAAAGGUGGACUCUCUGGAUGACCCUCUGGAGAAAUACGCCAGCAACUUCACCAUCAAGAACCCUCUGGGGGUGCGCGGGCGGCCGGCCGCCUCCUCCGCCCGCACGCUGGGCAGCCGGCUGCCCGCUCUGAGCCUGCGCAGGCUGGCCAGCCAGCUCUCCGGGUUACCCAGAAGGUUACGCUCAACCAACCUACUUUGGAACGGAGACACAGAAACAGCCCUGAGUUUGUUACAGGACGAUGUCCUCGUGGCAGAUCCGGGAACCAACUGGGUUUCCGACAACAUCCUGGUCCCGCUCCGGAUGGAGAACACCGGGUUCGACUUCACCCCGGCGGUGCAGAGGCGGAUGGCCGUGGGCGUGUACGCUAACGGCCAGCCGGCGCCCCUCUACGACCUGGGCUGGUACAGGCCGGCCGGUCAGAUGUACUCCACGCCGGCCGACAUGGCCAAACUGAGCAUGGCCCUGCUGGGCGCGGCCGGCGGGCGGCGCCUGCUCCGGCCGGACGCCCUGAGGACCAUGCUGACCCCGGUGGCCCGCUGCCACGCCGGCUACUUCGCCAGCUCCACCGGCACGCCCUGGGAGGUCAACCAGCAGCUGGGCUACGACGUGGUGAGGAAGGACGGCGACCUGGACGGCUUCGCCGCCACGCUGGCGCUGGUGCCGCGCCUCCAGCUGGGCCUGGUGCUCCUGAUGGCCGGCGUGCGCCCCCCAGAGCGGGAGCUGGUCAGCCAGGCCUACGGAUACCUCAUCCCCGCUGUAGAGAGCGCCUACCGGGACGCCCAGCCACCGGUCAGACCCCCCCCGGACCCGGCUCCCUACGUGGGCUUCUUCACGUACAAGAACAUGACUUUCUACGAGGUGCUGGCCGACUCGGCCGGGGCGCUGACCCUGCAGCAGUUCGGACCGCAGGUGGACACGGCGGUGCCCCCCAAGUACCGGAACAUCGGGCUGCACUACCUCCAGGAGCGGGUGUUCAGGGCGGUGUUCCAGAGACCCUACCCCUGCAAGAUGAGGACCAGCAGUGCCUCGGCCUCCCUGGAGACACAGGACAGACAGCUCUUCAACUUCUACCCUUUCAACCAGAGGGGCGUGUCCCCCGGGUUCGACUCCCCGGCCCUCAGCACGUACAGAGUCAUGAGGAUACCCGGCAGGCCGUACUUCACCUCAUAA